AUUAAUGACAUGUUCUGCUGGCCCAAACAAAGCUUUACUGUUUACAGCAUUUUGCCGCUGUGUAACGAAGAGUUAAUUACCGCAUCCAGGGUGGGGACUGGUAAGCAGCGUGGUGACGUCACGGGGUGACAUCAUGCUCCGCCAAUAGGAAGCGUUUGUUGUUUGGUCUUCCUGAUGUUCACAGCGGCGCAGCAGGAGCUGAAGCGGAGCGGAUGCUGAGGAUGAGGAUGAGGAGGCGAGUCACGCACAAGGAGAAUUAACAUUACAGGAUUACAGUCAUUCUCAGAAACCUUCAUCGGAAAGCAGUGAGUGUCUCACAGUCUCUGCUCUUCAAUAUAGGGUGAAUAUGAACUUUGGUUUUAUUCAGGUUAAAGCCUCGCUCGCACUGGAGGCCCAUGAGAGACUGUGAUUAGAUGGAAACACUGAGUCACAUGGCUGUUUUAUGUGACAGAUCUCAGGGGCAAAGGACACUGGCCUCGCUUCACACGCGUGUGAAUACAGGAGAGACGAGGGGCUGCUGAGAGGGUCUUUAAUGACCAGAGAUGUGCCACUUCACAAGCGUUUUCUCAACUACAGAUCCGACACCUGGUUCUGGUUCCUGUGGGCGCUUGUCCUUUCCAGCUGACUGACAAAAAUGGCAAAGAAAGACUAUCUGCUAGAUGCAGCCCAACAGAUUCGAAUGGCACUGGACCGAGAAGUCAAUGAAGACUAUGAGGCGGCAUUCAGCUACUAUAAGAAUGGAGUCGAUCUGCUGCUCAAUGGAGUUCAAGUGGAUCCAAAUAAAGAGAGACGUGAAGCCGUGAAAAGGAAGACCACUCAGUAUCUGAAGAGAGCCGAGGAGAUCUUCAUCUCUUACUUACAGGACAACAUCACUAAAGGAUCCACUCAUUUAGGAGGUUAUAGUAGCUUACGCUUUCGGUCGAUCAGACAUCUGAGUUCACCGGUGGAGAACCUGGCGACGUGCAAAGUCAUUGGAAUCAUUGAUAAGGUGCUGACGGUUGAAAGUCUGAUAAGCAAGGAGACAUUUAUCGUUAAGAGUUUACCGAAGUCAAGCUGGGAGAGUCGUGAGAGGUCGACCAUCAUUCCUCAGGGAGUGCCCUUUAUGGUGAAGCUGCUAAAAUACUAUAUCAGUGAAGACACUGUGUUCCUUCAUCUAGAACAUGUUCAAGGUGGAAGACUCUUUUCCAGACUUCACAGAGUCAGAAGUGAAGCAGUCAGGGAGCAUCCAGAGUGCUUCAGCCCCAACCAGCACAAGAUCUAUCUGAAGAACAGCUACACCCUCCCUGCUCUCCGCCAGGAGAUUUACCUCAAUGAGAAUUAUGGGAGAACUGCACUUCUUGAGAGGCCAGGCAGCCCAAUGAAACAUGGUCUUGAGAACUGUACAACCCACUCCUACUGUGAAGAUUCAAGAUGCCAGCAGGGGGGUUCUCUAGGUUUGUAUGCAACAAGGACAGAUAAUGCGCUUCCUUCUGUCGGUCUACCCAAUGGUCUCAAGUCUUUACCUCAGGAUAAUAUUCCUCUUCCCAUUCAUCCCUGUGUGAUUGUGGACACUCGGGAUCCUCUUGAUGUCACUUCCGACCUUCUAGGAAAUGAUGUCCGCAUUGAGCGCAUUGACUCUUGCAUAGAUCUGAACAAAGCUUGGAAUGCUUUGGAACCUGCUCAGGACUGUCAGAAUUUCAUUGUACCAGGAUCAAACUCUGAUAUUCUAGGAUUCGGCAUUGUAUCCCAGAUUACUCCAGCCUCUUUAUUUGGUGAAAACGCACAACCAACCCUUUGCAGCACGGUUGAUGUUCUUCCACAGAGAGUGCGGAUAGUUCCCAACACAUCACAUUUACCUCCACAAAACCAAAUGCAUGAACAAGGUAUCACUACCUGUAAACCCAGUGGAAAUGGACAGAUUUCACAGUUUGUGGCUGAAUUGAGCAAAGUCGGUUCUCAUCACAAUCCAUUUGAAUGUACACCUCAAAAACAAGAAAGUAUCUCUUUAGACUUUACAAAGAUGACUUCUCGGGUAAACAGUGUUGACAUGGUGAGGGAGGUAGGGAAUGAGGACGUGGAGAACUGCCAGUUCUUCAACUCUUCAUUUAAGCAACCACAAGUUGGCAUGAUCUCCAGCCUAUCAGCACCUACCACAAACACCUCCUACUGGAGCGAGACUGAACUAGAACAGCAUAACCCCCAAAUUAAGCCCAAGAACUUCAGUGCCAAAUCGAAGUGGGGUAGACGGGGACUCCCUGAGGAUGAGGUGCGACUGUGGGGGGCUCAGAUUCUGUUGGCCUUGGAAAGUCUUCAUGAGCAGGGCAUUGUGUGCCAGGACCUCAACCCACGUAAUAUUCUACUCCGCAAUAGUGGUGAGGCGUGUCUUACGUACUUUGGGCAGUGGACUGAAGUUCAGCCUGAAAUUAACCCCAAAGCAAUGGAAGAGAUGUACUGCGCACCAGCAGAAAUUGGAGGUGUGGCAAAAAUCACAGAGGCGUGUGAUUGGUGGAGUCUCGGCGCUUUAUUAUAUGAGCUUCUGACUGGCAUGCCCCUGUGGCAGUGCCACCCUGCAGGCGUUCACCCUCACACUCCGCUCCAUAUCCCAGAAUUCCUCAGCACUGCAGCUGCCUCGCUGCUCACUGAGUUGCUCCAGUUCGACGCGUGUUAUCGUCUGGGAUCAGGAGGAGGCGGUGUGAGCGACAUCAAGUGUCAUCCGUUCUUUAACUCCGUCCCGUGGCUCACGCUCGGCAGUUCACUGACGCCAUAGUGCCUUCCGAAAGUAUUCACCCCCUCCGAUUGUUUCUGCCUGUUACACCUCCAGAUAUUUCAGAUGAUUCACUUUCUGAGUCUGAAUUUACUCUCUUAAAAAAAAAAAAGAAACAGAGAGCAUAUUUACGAAUGAUUGUACUUCUGAAAAUAUUGCACAAUGUGUAAGAAUGGCCUCAUUUAUGAGAGUAAAUAUCAUUAAUCUCACCAUCUGAAAAGCACACUAAAGCUCUGUUUGGACUGGAUUACUAAUACUAAUACUAAUAUUAAUACCUAAUAUUAAUAAUGCAGUAUGCAUUGUUGCACAAUAAAAAGAAGUAUGGAACACUGACACGUUGUCACAGGACAGCCAUCUGCAGUGGCAGCCAUCAUACAGCUGAUAAAAACACCACAAUAAUCUACAAGUAAUCCACACCACUCCAGUCCAUCAGUUCACAUCUUGAGAAGAUGAAACAAAUCCAUCAUUAAGAUGAAAUGGUAAGAGUGGCGUGCUAAUCUGAACAUGGACUAAGAGUGUCAGGUAUAAUGAUUAUUAAAAGUGCAGAUACUGGAAACAGGUCACUGUAUUUUUAAUUUGAUGGGCAGAAACAAUAAUUGUAGGUGAAUCUUUCGAGAAGGUCUGAGAUGGAUCACACAGCACUGAAAGUCCCAAAGACCUCUGAUCAUCUCAGGAGGAUUCAUGCUUUAUUCGUUGUACUUUUACCACCAUCUGGUGGCAGCAGGAGUAAUUUCUCCACAUCAGCAGUUUUCUACACCACACUUGCAGUGAAAUCAAGGACAAUUAAAUGUCUGGAAAAUGAAUUGCAGUGUCCUAGUUAUCACACGCUUCCUACAGAAAUGGACCUGCAUGAAGCUGCAGAGAGCAGACGGGUCGUCCGGCACACAUUCAGGGCAUUAAAACUGCACUCGUUGUACUGCGGACGUGCAGAUGAAAUGCAAUAUUACACAUUCAGUUGUGUUCUGUCCUCUUCAUUUUUGAUUCAGUGUUUCUUAUGUGAUCGCAUUGAAUAAACCUACUCAUUUCUUA